AUGGCGGGAAUAUUUGAGCAGCCGCGUAAUGCGGGCACACUCUUUCUCGGCGGUACGAAAAUCAGCGGUGCCGAUAUUCGAGACCAGAAUGUUCUUGCAACACAGGCUAUCGCAAAUGUCGUCAAGAGCUCGUUCGGUCCGUCCGGCCUGGACAAGAUGAUGGUGGAUGAUAUCGGAGAUGUCACGGUCACAAACGAUGGCGCUACGAUUUUGAGUCUCCUGGAUAUCGAACAUCCUGCCGGCAAAAUAUUGGUUGAUUUGGCCCAACAACAGGAUAAGGAGGUUGGAGAUGGCACUACCUCUGUCGUUUUGAUCGCCUCCGAGCUUCUGCGAAGAGGCAACGAACUCAUGAAAAACAGAAUCCACCCCACCACUAUCAUCACCGGUUACCGAUUGGCAUUGAGAGAGGCCGUGAAAUACAUGCAUGAGAAUAUCAGCAUAAAGGUGGAGAAUCUAGGAAAGGACAGCCUGUUGAACAUUGCUAGGACAUCCAUGUCCAGUAAGAUCAUCGGUGCUGACGGUGACUUUUUCGCCAAUAUGGUCGUUGAUGCCAUGCUUCUCGUCAAGUCUACCAACCAACGGAAUGAGGUUAAAUAUCCAGUCAAGGCUGUGAACGUGUUGAAGGCUCAUGGAAAGAGUGCAACCGAAUCUAUGCUUGUCAAGGGAUAUGCUCUCAACUGUACCGUUGCUUCUCAGGCCAUGACGACGCGGAUAACAGAUGCCAAGAUUGCUUGUCUCGACAUGAACCUCCAAAAGGAGAGAAUGAAGCUCGGUGUUCAGAUCACAGUUGAUGACCCACAACAACUCGAAAAGAUCAGAGAGCGAGAGUCUGGUAUUGUUCUAGACCGAGUGGAGAUGAUUUUGAAGUCUGGCGCAAAUGUUAUCCUCACCACCAAAGGUAUUGAUGAUAUGGUCUUGAAGACGUUCGUGGAGAAGGGUGCUAUGGCCGUGCGACGUUGUAAGAAGGAGGACCUCAGACGUAUUGCCAAGGCUACUGGAGCCACACUUAUCAGCACACUUUCAGACUUGAAUGGUGAUGAAAAGUUCGAGACUUCAUAUCUUGGUUAUGCCGAGGAAGUUGUACAGGAGCGCAUCUCUGACGAUGAAUGUAUCCUUGUCAAGGGAACUAAAGCCCACUCCUCCGCAUCAAUCAUCCUCCGCGGUCCCAAUGAUUUCCAGCUGGAUGAGAUGGAGCGAUCUGUUCACGAUUCCUUGUCCGCCGUCAAGCGAACACUAGAGAGUGGCAGUGUUGUCCCUGGAGGCGGUGCUGUCGAAACUGCACUACAUAUCUACCUCGAAGAGUUUGCCAUCACUGUGAGCUCCCGAGAACAGCUUGCCAUCGGCGAAUUCGCGCAAUCCCUCCUCGUCAUCCCCAAGACCCUCGCCAUCAACGCCGCCAAGGACGCAUCAGAGCUCGUCGCCCAACUCCGAGUCCGCCACGCCAUCUCCCAACGCCUCCAGGAAGGUGGUGCCAACGAAGAUGAAAAAGCCCUCGCCAAGAAGAAGACAUACCGCAACUACGGUCUCGACUUGACCAAGGGCCGAGUUGUGGACUGCGUCAAGGCUGGUGUGCUCGAGCCGAGCAUGAGCAAGGUGAAGCAAUUGAAGAGUGCGGUCGAGGCUUGUAUCGCUAUUAUGCGUAUUGAUACCUUGAUCAAAUUAGACCCCGAGCAGCCGGCAGAGGAUGAUGGUCAUGGCCAUUAG